AUGGGAUAUAAGCAGGGAGGGCAUCUUCACCCCCACAGCUCCCCAACGGCCAGCAGGUACGAGGAGCUCCUCUACCGUCUCCUGGCUACAGUGAGGGACCUGCCGCGUGGUCUCAGCCGCAGCAGGUGCUCGCCCGCUUCCGCCCUUGGUCUCCGGCUGCCGCCUUCGUGCCGCAGCCCCGGCCGGCUUCAGCUCCCGUGUCCCGUCGGCACCCCGGCCAAUCCCGGCGUCCAGUGUCCCGUCGGCAUCCCAGUGCCCUGCGUCCCGUCUCUGGUUCCCUCUGUCCCGUCCCCGGCUCCCCUCGUCGUCCCGUCGUUGCCCCGGCAGUCGUCGUCCCGCUGUCGUCGCUCCCCUCUCUCGUCGCUCCCCGCUCUCCUGAGCCCGGUCACCCAGAGGCCCGGUCACCCAGAGCCCAGCUGCAAGGAGUGCUGCGAGCGAUGUGUGGGCAGCCUGCCCUGGGCCUCGCUCAUCGCCACCAUUCUCCUCUACAUGGGUGUGGCCUUGUUCUGUGGGUGUGGCCACGAGGCUUUGAGUGGCACCGUCACCAUCCUACAGAACUACUUCGAAGUCAUCCGAGCCCCGGGAGAAACGCUGGAUGUGUUCACCAUUAUCGACAUCCUGAAGUACAUCAUCUACGGCCUUGCAGCUGGGUUCUUUGUGUUCGGGGUGCUGCUGCUGGUUGAGGGCUUCUUCACCACCGGAGCCAUCAGGGAUCUCUACGGGGAGUUCAAGGUCUCGGCCUGCGGACGCUGCCUGACUGCAUUCUUGAUGUUCUUGGCCUACCUGUUCUUCCUGGUUUGGCUCGGGGUGACAGCGUUCACCAGCCUGCCGGUCUUCAUGUACUUCAACGUUUGGUCCAUGUGCCAGAACACCAGCUUGGUGGAGGGAGCCAACCUCUGCCUGGACCUGCGUCAGUUUGGAGCGGUGACCAUCUCUGAGGAGAGGAAGCUGUGUACCGGUUCUGAGAAGUUCUUCAAGAUGUGUGAAUCCAAUGAGCUGGAUUUAACCUUCCAUCUAUUCGUGUGCACACUGGCAGGAGCAGGAGCUGCUGUCAUCGCCAUGGUCCAUUUCCUGAUGGCUCUGGCUGCUAACUGGGGCUAUCUGAAGGACGCCAGCCGGAUGCAGAAGUACGAGGACAUCAAGUCGAAGGAGGAGCAGGAGCUGCAUGACAUCCACUCUACACGCUCCAAAGAACGUCUCAACGCCUACACAUAA